AAACACUCUUAACACACACACACUCUCUCGCAUCCAUCAAAAAAUCAUUUCAGCAUCUCUUUCUCCCCUCAAGCCAUGAGGCCUCCCCUUUUUCUCUCCUCCCUCCUACUAAUAACCAUCCUCUGCAUCUACCCUUCCCAAGGGUCCGUCCACAAAUGUGACUUACCUGACCAUGGCUCCACCCUCCAAAUCAUGCACAUCUACAGCCCAUGCUCCCCUUUCCGGCCCUCGAGACAGCUCUCAUGGGAACAGACUGUGCUCGACAUGGCCGCAAAGGAUGAAGCUAGGCUUCAAUAUCUGUCCAGCCUCGUUGCCAAGAGGUCCAUCGUGCCAAUAGCUUCCGGUAGGCAGCUCCUUCAGACUCCUACCUACAUUGUCAGGGCUAAACUUGGCACACCAGCUCAGACACUGCUUAUGGCCAUGGACACUAGCAGUGACGCCGCGUGGAUACCCUGCAGUGGGUGCGUUGGCUGCUCCUCUAAUGUCUUCGUAGCAAACUUGUCUACCACUUACAAGACUGUUGGCUGUCAAUCUCCUCAGUGCAAGCAGGUGCCCAACCCAACCUGCGCCGGUACGGCUUGCUCCUUCAACCUCACAUACGGCUCAUCCACCAUCGCUGCCACUGUCUCACAAGACACAUUGACACUUGCCACCGACCCAGUCCCCGACUACUCCUUCGGCUGCCUCUCGAGCGUCAUUGGAAGCUCGGCGCCACCCCAAGGCCUCCUUGGCCUCGGCCGAGGCCCCUUGUCCCUACUCUCUCAAACCCAAGACCUAUACCAGUCCACCUUCUCCUACUGCCUACCUAGCUUCAAAUCCCUCAACUUCUCAGGAUCGUUAAGACUGGGCCCAGUGGCUCAACCAAAGAGAAUUAAGACCACCCCUCUCCUAAGAAACCCACGAAGGUCCUCCCUCUACUACGUCAACAUGAUCGGCAUUAGCGUCGGACGCAAGUUCCUGGACAUCCCCCCAAGCGCGUUGGCCUACAACGAGGCAACCGGAGCGGGAACCAUCUUCGACUCAGGCACGGUCUUCACAAGGCUAGUAGCGCCGGCCUACACAGCACUACGAGACGAGUUCAGGAGACGAAUCAAGGGUGCAAACGUGACGUCUCUGGGUGGGUUUGAUACGUGCUACACGGUGCCCAUCGUCGCACCGGCGAUAACGUUCCACUUCACGGGGAUGAACGUGACGUUGCCUCUGGACAACAUGUUGAUACACAGCACGGCAGGGAGCAUCACGUGUUUAGCCAUGGCAGCUGCACCGGACAAUGUCAACUCUGUACUGAACGUGAUUGCGAACAUGCAGCAGCAGAACCAUCGGUUGCUUAUCGAUGUGCCAAAUUCGAGGUUGGGUAUCGCCCGUGAGCUCUGUACCUGAAAAGGGUCAGGCGGUGUUUUUGAGGUGCGUCGGUGGUGGUGGAGGUUCUGUUGUUGUUUUCUUGCCUUUUUUUUCUUUCACUUUUUCCUAUCUAUAUCUGUUUGUCCUGUGCUUGGGUGGAGAUAAAUUAUCACAAUCUUUGGAGGGUUGUGGGGGGUUCCUAGUCUAUUUUGAACACGACUUCGAUUAAUUAAUUGAAGUGUAUGUACCUUAUUUGUACUAGCCAUAUCACGGAUUAGCUGCAAGUUUUUCUCUAAUACUCUCUCUCUCUCCAGAAUAAUGAGUUAGAGAAAGAGUCUUUGCUUAUUAGUAGAAAAACAUGUGUUUUGAUGGGUCUUACUUAA